AUGUCGAAUGAGGGCCCCGAGCGUGACGAACAAAAGCUACGAUUACAGGAGAAUAUCCACGCCUCCAAGCAGUGUUUGAAAUCUGCAAAAAGGCAUCCAAGCAAAUCUCUCGUCAAAAGAUACACAUUUCGUUUUGGCACCGCAUCCAAUUAUCCUGGCCGUGCACAAAUUCGCAACACUGCCUUGCCAGCAAAUUACACGAGCCAAAACGGCGACAACCAUAUUCCAUACCUAUCGAACAAGGACAAACAAUCCCCAAAUGCGCAUUUAAAGUUUGCCAAACCAUCCCCUAAUAUGGUUAGAAAACGGGCUGCCGAAGGCGGUGGUGCAUACCCGAUAUGA